AUGGCGAUGCCCAGCCUGAGGGGCCUCCUGGUGCAGGUGGGGAACCCGCAGAAGCCUGUCCUGAAGCCCAACAAGCCCCUGGUCCUCGCUAACUUCAUCAGGGAGCAGCGUCGGGAGAAGGGCGAGGCGACCUGUAUCACAGAGAUGUCAAUGAUGAUGGCAUGCUGGAAGCUGAAUGAAUUCCACGACGAACCAUGCAGAAAAGAGAUCCAAGACUUCUUUGAUUGUGCUUCGAGGGCUGAGGCAGCCGGCAAGAUGAAAUCUAUCCAGGACACUCGGGGAGAGUCUGGGAAUUUAUCUCCCAAGAAACUGAAUAGAUUGUUACAGAAGUUUCCUAACAAACCUCAUGUCAGCUACAAAUAG